GACCGGAUUUGUGGUCCUGUGAGAUGCACGGUCGAUUUUAAAAGCACGCUAGCGUUUUUGCUUCUAGGGUUAGGGCUCCAAGAUCUCUGAAAAUGGCGGAUGAAGCUAACAGAACCGCAUUUGUCGAACUCCAGGGCCGCUUGAUUGAGACCACCGCGAAGCUGAAACAGGUGCAGAAUCAGUGGCGUGGUAAAGAGGGAGAAAAGAAGCGUGCUUACCUUACAUUAGAUGAACUGCAACAGUUACCAGAUGAUACAAACACAUACAAGUCUAUAGGCAGACUAUUUGUUCUGGAGCCCAACUCAGUUAUGGUGGUGGAGCAGAAGCAGAGGCUUGAAGAUAGUGAAGCUGCUAUAACAUCCUUGCAGACAUCAAAAGAAUAUCUGGAGAAACAGAUUACAGAGGUGGAAAACAACAUAAGGGAGUUACUUGAACAAGAUCCAGCCCUUGCUCGCCAGAUUAUGUCCAUGUCCGUCAUGUAAUAAACUCUUACUCUACAUUCUGUUAUCUCCUAAAUUAAGCUUUUUAUUUUUUUUUUAAUUUUAUUUUAUUUAAGAACA